CUCUCCUUGUCACUCUCAUGGUAAUUUUUUAACGCUUGCGCACAUCUUGUUUACAACUGCGAAGGAGCUCUCUCGCGUACAAUACACACAUGACCUUUUCAAGAUGGACACAAGUACCCCAUUCGUGGGUUUCCAAAUAACACCGCGUGUGCGACGUAAAUAAAUAAUAAAAAAUAUAUAUUGAUAAACAUUUUACGUAAAUAAUAAUAAUUGUUUUUUUUUUUUUUUUUUUAUUUUAUGAUUAAACAAUUAACAAUAAAUAAAUAAAAAUAUUUAGUGAUGAAAAGUGUGUAAAAAAAAAUAUAAUAUAUAAAUAAUUAAAUAUUAUUUUGCAUUUAUUAUUAAUAAUAAUAAUUAAUUUAAUUAUAUUUUGUGUGUUUUAAUUUAUUAUUGUCAAACCAGGUGGUAAAUUAAUAUAUUAUUUGUGAGUGACGCUGUUAUUAUGUCUCAGUUUGUGUUUUGAGUGAGAUAAUAAAAACACUAAAAAAAUAUAAAUGAUAAAGACAGAUUGACAAUAAUAUUUGUGUUAUAAAAAGAGAUGUAAUAUACCUUUUAUUCCCCCCUCUAAAUCUCGCCAUCAUCAUCAUCAUCAUCUCAUUUUGCUUUGAAAUCAAAAUGUAUAUGAAGACAAAUGAAGUGAUAACUGAAUGAAAUCAACAAAAAAACAAAUCAACAUUACUCAACUCCUCCCAGUAAUUAUCACGCAGAUAUAUAUUUAAUUUAUAAUAAUAAUAAUAAUAUAAAUAGAUCAACAUUAUUUAUAUAUUAUAAUUUUUUUCUUUUUUUUUUUUUUUUUCCAUGUCAAUUUUUAUACGACAUUUAACGAAAUUAUAAAAUAAAAAAAAUAAGAGUACGUUAAUGUGUUGUCGUGAAACGGGAAAUAAACAAGAGUGACGAAAAUAAUAAUAAUAAUUUAAAAAAAAAAAAAAAUUAAGAGAGGGAAAGCGCGUGUUUUGCGGCAUUGAAAAAAAAUUAAAAAAUUAAAAUUUAUAAUAAAAUUUGAAUUUUUCUAUAUUUUCUCUCAAAAAAAAAAAAAAAAAGUUUAUAUAAAAAAAUUACUUGAUUAUGUCUAGACGAUAAUAUAAUAAAAUUAAAAAAUAAAUUUUCUGUUGAUAAAAUAAUUUAUUAGAUGAACAUAAAAAUAAAAAAAUUCCAAGGUGCGUGACGAGGGUUGUUUGUCCCCCCGCCCCUUCCAAGAAAAAAUAAAAAAAUAAAAUAUAUAAUAAUAAAAAAAAAAAAAAAAUGUGAGUGAAAGACGAAACGAGAAAGAAAGUAUAUAGAGAAGUAAUUCUUCCAAGUUUUUCGUGGCAUACGCAGACAGGAGAAGUAUCAAGGAAAGGGAAAAAAAAAUAAAAAAAAAAAAAAAAAUUAUAUAUACAGGCGCAACCAAGCAAAGGCAUAUUUUUUGUCAGCAUGUAUAUAUAUAUUUAAAUCAUAAAUGUAUAUGUGAUUUGUAAAUGUAUGUAUGUCUGGCGACUGAGGGUGAAAAGAGACGUACAAGAAAAUAACAAAAUAAAGACACAAAUAUAAUGAAUAUCAGUGAAAUGCGUGUUACAAAGUGAGACAGUAUUAUACAAACACAUACAAACACGUAUUUAAUAGAAAAAGAUAUAAAAUUUAACUUGUAGAGAAGACGCAUCAAAACAAGACGAAAAAGAGAAGACGAAUAAGAACCAGCAAAAUAAUAAAAAAAAAGGUGUAGACCAAAAAGGCGUUCCCUAACCUCGGAAAUGGGAUCAAGUAGAUUGGAAAAUACACAACAUUGCUUGUAUAAAAAAUUUUUUAUUUAUCAAUAAUAACAAUAACAUAAAUAAGGGCUGUUUAAUAAAUUAAUAAGUAUGUCAUAAUAAUAAAAACAACAAGUGCUAAAUAAUUAUUAUUUUUUGUUUUUUAAAUAUAUAAAAAUCACAUAAGCUUGAAAUCAUCUUGAUAAAAAAAAUAUAUAUAUAUAAUUCAUGAAUGAAUAAAUAUAUACAAAAUUUUGGAGUUUAGUGAGAGUGAAUUAACAAGUGUAAAAAUAAUUAUAAUAAUAAAAUUAAGGUGUUAAUUUAAAUGACGAAUAUAUCUAUUUUUUUUUAUAUGGUGGUUUUUAUUUACCUCUUGAUGAUUUCAAAAUAAGACACGUGUCAAAUUAUUUUUUUAUUUUUUUUUUUUUUUGUCGAGUUAUAUUUCAACAAGAUAUAUUAAUUUAACAUAAAAAAAAAAAAAAAAUUGAGUAAAGAUAUUUGAGUAUUUUUAAAAUAUUCAUGUAAACAGAGAGAGAGAGAGAGAGAGAGAAAGAUGAUUUUGAAAAAAAAAAAAUAAAAUUUUUGAUUUUAUUAAAAAUGUAGAUUUAUAAAAAAUAUGUAUCCUUGAGUUUUGUGAUCAAUUUUUUUAAGUUUUUAUUUAUUUUAAGUUGUUUUUUUUUUUGUGUAUAAUUGUUGAAAGGAAGAUAAAAAAAUGUCGUCAAAUAAAAUAAAUGAAACAAAUUCAGAUAAUAUAAUAUUAUCUGGACAAUUAAAAAAAGCAAGUUCAAUACCAAUUGUAUCAGUUAAAUCAGUGAGAAAAAAAUUUUUUGUACUACGUGGUGAUAGACCUGGACAAUCACCAUCACUUGAAUAUUAUGAUAGUAAAAAAAAAUUUAUAAAUCAACAACCGCCAAAAAGAUGUAUACAAUUAAGAGGAUGUUAUGAUAUUAGUCGUAAAGAUUUAAGUAAAAAUAAACGUGUUAUUGCACUAUAUGCUAAAGAAGAAUGUGUAUCAUUAAUAUUUGAUAAUGAAGAAGAAGUUAAAAAAUGGUUUGAUGCAAUUCAAAGUCUAACUGGUGAUGGACCGGAUGGUGAAGAGCCUCGACCUACUUUUGAACAUGUGUGGCAUGUGUCAUUACAAAAAAAAGGACUUGGUGAAAAACAAAAUCUUCAUGGACCAUUUAGAUUACGUUUGACUGAUAAAACAUUGUCAAUGACUAAAAUAACAAAUGAACAAAAUUCUGAUUAUCUUGAAUUUCCAUUGACAACAAUACGAAGAUGUGGAUGUAUGGAUCGUAUAUUUUACAUGGAAGUUGGAAGAUCAGCAAUGACUGGUGAGGGUGAUUAUUGGAUGAAAGCUGAGGAUAAUAAUAUUGCAACAAAUAUGCAUUUUGCAAUAAUGAAUGCAAUGACUAGAUCAAAAGAACGUGAUAAAGAUGAUAUUUUACCACAAGCUAGAAAACGUAGUUCAUCAGCAAAUGAAGCUAGUAAACCAAUAUCAUUUAUUCCACGUCGUCAUACUGGUCAAAAAAUUGGCUUUUCACCAGUUGAAGAGCUAAAUGACAACAAGGAUCAGAGUGAACCAUUGCAAGAACAAAACGUCACAGCAUCUUCCCAUUCACAGAGUACAUCCUCUGGCAAUACACUCACUGGCACAACAACACGUGACAGAUGUGAUAGUCUUCCAUCGCGUGCACGUACAACCAGUGAGGGAUAUCCAGUAAUGCCAAUACACAAUAAAACAGUACAUUUAGCACCCCAUACAUCAACACGUCCACAUUCAAUGUAUGGACGUGGUGUAUCAUACUCACCACCAGGUACAUCAAUGCCAAUAAGUCCAGCAUCAUGCUCAACAGAUUCAGCUGGUUCAUCUCUAUCAAUGGAUGAUAAUAAUUGUGAUAAUAAUGCCAUUGAAGAAACAGCAAUAUCACGAUAUGGACAUUCAUUAACACCCGAUGAACCAGUUAUAUUUGAAGAAAAUGAUGAUUAUGCAAUAUGGUCAAAUGAUAAUCAAAUGCAAAAAUACUCGCUUAAUUUUAAAUCACAUUCACCUUGUCAGCAAAGUUCCUAUGUUGAAAUGCAUAGUCCAUCAAAUUCAAGUCCUGGUCAAGGUGGUGAUUUAAGUUCAUAUUUACCAAUGAGUCCAGCAACUCAUCAUCAUCAUCAUCAUCAUAAUAAUCAACAUAAUAAUAAUAAUCAUUCACGUACAUCAUCACUUGUUGAAGAUAUAACAUUAUCAGGUGAUGGUUAUGUACCAAUGGCACCAUUACCAAUUACAAAUACUGGCUAUAUUGAUAUGGAUCGUUCAAGUAAUCAUAAUAAUGGACAUUAUUCUGAUGAUAUGUCACAACAUGGUAGUACAUGCUCAGUAACAUCUGGUACACCAAGUACUGAUUCACGUUUAAUUGGUUAUUCAUUAGAUAAAGUUACAAGUUUUUUACCACCAAUUGAUGAUUUAAGACCAGCACGUGCAUAUUCUGUUGGUUCAAGACAAGAUCAAUCACGUAAAAAUCGUUUUGAACCAUUUAAUAAUGAUACAUCACGUGUACGUGCAUUUUCAGUUGGUUCAAGAACAAAACAUCCUGAAUUAUCAAGAUUACAAAAUGCAAUGAUUAUUAAAAAACAAACAAGUGUUGAAAAUAUUAAUCCAAAUAAAUCAAAUUCAGCACCAUUAUUAUCAAGUUCAUGGGGUCAUAAUUCAGUUGCAUCUGAUCGUAUGGAAGAUCUUAUGGAAAUGGAUUUUUCAAAAACACCACCAACAACAAUUGCAACCCCACCACCAACAACAACAACACCAACAACAACAAUAUUAUCACCAUUGUCUUCUUUUAAUACACAAUUACCAAUAAAUACUGCCAUUGAUACUAGUUCCUAUGUUGAUAUGAUACCUGGACUGUCAACAGUUACAACCACUGCCUCAUUUAUUGACAGGUCUCGAAUUAACAAGGCCAAUAUAACUACUGCCAAUCAUAAUCAUAAUUAUCUAACAAUGACAACAGCAUCAACGACAAUAUUAACAGCAACAUCAACACCAACAACAACAACACCACCAAGCUCAGUCGUGGCACACAAGCCAAUUGUUCAAACAUUAAUGCCAGUUGUUGAGUCUGAAGGUUUAAACUGUAAUCAUGUAAAUAAUUUACAAGAUGAAUGGCCAAAAUUAGAGACAAUUCCCAAACAAUCAGAAAGUUAUCUAAAUACAAAAGGACCAGCAGGAAUUGCAAGAACACCACCAGUUGAUCUUCCUCAACCUCGUAAACCACCAGAGGGAUAUGUUGAAAUGUCAUUUAAAACACGUCCAUGUUUAGAACAAAAUUAUAUGAAUAUGAGUAUUGAAAAUACAUCAAAAUAUCGUCGUAAUCAACGUGCUGGUAGUCGUAAAGAUAAAUGUAAUCGUUCACAUUCAAUAUCAACAAAAUAUACAAAAAAUUCGUGCUUCCUACAAUUAAAUGGUAAUAAUAAUAUUGUAUCAACUGAUAGUGCUGAUAAUACACCAGUAUCAACACCACAAUCAAUAACAACACCAACUGGCUCAAAUACAACAAUAUUUCCAUUUACAUUAAAUAGUCCACAAAGUCCAAUUAAAUCAUUUAACAUUAGUGAUAAAUCAGCACCAACAUCAUCUGAUUGUUCACCAGAUAUUGGUGAUUAUGCAUUAAUGACAUCUGUCAAGCAUCCAUUAACAGCAAUAUCAUCACCAAUUGAAAUAAAUAAUGAUAAAAAAUUAUUUAAUAGACCAGAAAGUCCAAUAAAACAAACAAUUAAUAAAACAAUUAUUGAAAAUUUAAAUUUACAAAAAAAUGAUAUUAAAACUUCACCACAACAACAACAACAACAACAACAACAAAAUAAUAAUGACUUAUCAUUAAGUCCAUUAAAUAAAAAACUCAGUGACCUGACAAUUAAAAAGAAAAAUAAUUUAUCAAAAAAUACAACGAGUCCUGUAACAGUAACAUCAAAUAAUAAUAAUAAUUUAAAAGAUGAUAAUAAUAUAAAAUUAACAAAUGAUAUUAAUAAAAAAAUAAUAAAUUCAACAAAUCGUGAUUUUAAAAAAACAACAAAUGAAUUAUUAUUACAAAAUCCAGUUACUAAAAAAUUAACUGAAUUAACAAUAUCAAAAACAAAAUUAAUUGGUUCAUCACCAAAUACAAGUCCAACAUUAAUUGGACAAUUAAAAAUAUUGCCGACUAAAACAUUGAAAAAUAGCAAUGAUGAUGGUGGUGGUGGUGUGUCAUCAGCAACAACAACAACAACAGCAACAAUAACAAAUGUAAAUACAAUUACAACAUCAACAAUAACAUCAUCUUCGUCGUCGUCGUCGUCAUCAUCGUCGGCGCCAACAAUAACAACAGCUACAAUAGCAGCUACAACAACAACAACAUCAACAACAACAUCAUCUUCAUCAUCAUCAAGUCAACUUGACUCUGAGGGAUAUGAAAAAUUACAACCAGGUGCAACGAUGUGCAAUUAUGCAAGUCUCGAUCUUCCUGAAUCAUCAUCUGUCCCACCACUAUCACCAACACCAGCUCAGGAUGGUUUCAGGUAUGCGGAAAUUGAUUUCGCAAAGCUCAAACAGAAUUAGAAUCUUUUUAUUUAUUUUUACAAUUAUUAUUAUUAAUUAAUAUAAAUAUAUAUAUAUUUUUUUUUUUCGUUCAUUGUUUUUUUUUUUUUUAUGUCGGAAUUGAAAUAAUUUAAUGGCAAAGGAAAAAAAGUGGCGGCUAUUUUUGUGUUUUUAAAUUUUUCUCGUGUCAAGAUUGUUAAGUGAGUUAUAGAUUUUUUUUUUUUUAGCCAGAAAUAUUGGCUCUAGUCGAGAACUUUUUGAUGGAUUGAUUCCGAAUGUUGUGUUGAGCUCACAGAAAAAAUAGUUACAUUUAUUUAAGAUUUAAAAAAAAAAAUAAUGCAAAAAGCUAAUGAAAUCUUGUACAUUAUUGAACACAAAGUUCUCGAUAAAAAAAUAAUCGUAUAUUAUUAUUAUUUUUUUUACAUAUAUAUACGAUUUUAUCACUGCCUUGUUUGGCAAUUUGUUUUUUAUUUUUUUUUUUUUGGAAUUUACUGUGCGACUUUUGCCUCUCUUUCUGGUGCUAUAGAAAUCGGUUAGAGUGUUGUUUAAUUAAUAUUUUUUGUUGCUAAGAUUAAAUAAAAAUUUGAUAAAAAAAAAAAUCACGAUUUAGAGUAAAUGAAAUUAAAAUUUAAAAUACUAUUGUUCGUAGAAGUUCGUUAUCACUGAACUUUGGA